GUGGGCUGUCUGCGUCUGCCAACACCGCUGCUGGCUAAGGAAGGGACGAUGCCGAACCUACGUGCUACGAAGCUUUACACGGUGGAUCAGAUACGGAAUUCUCCCUCCAGAAAAGACGGCGUCUCCGAGGCCUUGGAGAAUGACUAUCGGCGAAAGACAGGGCUCUUUAUCAAGGCGGCGGGGAAGGAGCUUGAGCUGCCGGUCGACGCGGUAGCGACGGCGCUGGUCUUCUUCCACAAGUUCUUCAUGCUGCACUCUUUCCAGAAACACGAGCGCUUCUUCGUGGGAUCGGCGUGCCUCUUCCUGGCCGCCAAGGUGGAGGAGAGCUCAAAACGAGUGGAGCAGGUGAUGAGCAAGAGCUGGAAGGUUUGGAAUGGCGGCAGAGAUCCCCCCGCCGAAAACGAGAAGUCUUUUAAGAGACUGAGGGAAAAGAUUCUUAUCGCGGAACGCUGCGUUCUCCACACGCUCGGUUUUCAACUCACCGUGGAGCACCCGUAUUCGGUUGUGAUGUCUCUGCUGAAGAAGCUCUUUACGAUGGGCAAGGGCGCCGACGGGGGGAAAGGGGCCGACAAGGCGCUCAACCGACAACUCAGCCAGGCGGCAACCAGCUUCGUGAACGACAGCCUGUUGACCACGCUGUGCCUCCAGUACCGGCCGAAGCAGGUGGCAGCGGCGGUUGUCUACCUGUCGUACUUGUACAUGGGCCUGCCCCGGGUAGAUACGAUGCUCCUGGAGGCUGACGUCACGGUGGUCGCAGCAUGA